AUGCAGCUCUUCGCCAGCUGCGAUAUCAACCUCACUCACAUCGAGUCCCGGCUGAAGUCCUUCACGCGGGAUGGGCCCUCCUUCCACAUCGACUUCCAAGGCCCUGUGGAGGAGCCCAAGAUUCAACGCCUGAUGAAGGAGAUCAAGGUGCUCUCCGGGGUCUACAGCGUGGAAGCCAUGGCUCCGCGAGAGGCCUUGGGGUUCCCCUUGAACAUCCGCGACCUGGACCUCACGGUGGAUACCUUGGACGGUGGAUCGGCGCUGAUCAAUGAGGACCAUCCCGGCUUCAGCGAUGCCGAGUACCGGGGCAGGAGGGAUCGCAUCGUCCAACUGGCGAAGGCGUACCGCCACGGAGAUCGCCUGCCCUUUAUAGAGUAUACCGACAAAGAGAUAUCAACUUGGCAGGCUGUUUACGAGCGGCUGCAAGAUUGCCACGCGAAGUGGGCUUGCACUGAGUACAGAGAAAUGCUGCAGCAGAUGGAGAAGUACUGCGGCUACAGGGCGAACAACAUUCCGCAGCUGGCUGAUAUCUCAGACUUCCUGCAGCAGCGGACAGGCUUCACCUUGCGCCCGAUCAGCGGUCUGCUGUCGGCACGCGACUUCCUGAAUGCUUUGGCCUUCCGGGUUUUCUAUUCGACGCAGUACAUCAGGCACCAUGGAAACCCCUUCUACACUCCAGAGCCAGAUGUUUGUCAUGAACUGUUGGGUCACGUCCCCCUCUUUGCGAAUCCGGCCUUCGCGGAUUUCUCGCAAGAGAUAGGCCUCGCAUCUCUGGCAGCCUCCGACGACGACGUCACACGCCUUGCGUCGGUGUACUGGUUCACCGUGGAGUUCGGAUUGCUGCGCGAAGGCAACGACUGCAAAGCCUUCGGAGCUGGCUUGCUCAGCUCUUUCGGGGAGAUGGAGUGGGCCUGCGAUGCAGAUCCUUCCGAGGAGUGCCGCGAGAUGGGAAGCAUGAAGGAGCUCACGAAGCCGACGGUUCUGUCCUUAGAUCCCGUCCAGGCUGCCAAGCAAGAAUACCCGAUCACCACUUAUCAGCCGGUCCUUUUCUGCGCUGACAGCUUGCAGGAUGCUAAGACCAAGAUCUCGCACUUUUGCGACUCGUUGACGCGGCCCUUCUUCCCACAGUAUGCAACUUGA